GCUACACCCUUUUUUUUUUUUAAAUUUUCUCUCGCAUUUCUAUCGCCACGCCGUUAAACAUGGUUUAAAAGAAACCUCGAAGUAUGUACACGUUGGAUUGGUAUUGUCACAAUCACAGCGGUUCUUGUCGUCGCAUUUUGUGAUUGGUUGCUCCGCUGACAAGGUUUGAGGGUUGCGGUUUUACCGAGGCGAUCAAAGGAAGGAAGGAAGGAAAGGCUUUUUGACCAUCAAAUGUGUAUGGAUGGGAAGUCAGUGGAUAGCGGCGACGAAGCCGAGUGCCAUUUUUGACAGGGAUUUUUAACUGCAUCCAAGGGUGUGCGAGUGGUCCAUCGGAAGUGGAACUGUAGAUGAGAUGAUUUUGAAGAAAUCAUGCCAUUUGUUGGCGCUGUUUGUAUGCCUAUGGGCCUGCAAUCCAGAAUGUUGGAGAGGGGCAGCUGCCCAUAUUCUACCUAUGGAGUUUGUCAUACCAACAUGUACUCCUGCUCAAUGUGGAAAAAUCCCAGAACAAGCAGGGUAUACACAGGAAGAUUCAGAACACGUCACUGCCAUCUUAGGAGAAGACGUCAUUCUUCGUUGUGCCUUCGAAUUCCCAGAGGGCAUUCCAGUGCCCUACGUUAUCCAAUGGCAGAAAAAUGGCAUCAAAAUUCCCAUCUACAUCUGGUACGAUGGUUAUCCACCCCACGCCGGAGAGGGUUAUGAAGGCAGAGUGUCUCUUACCAACCAGGCAUCUCUCAAUCUGACUAAUGUUAAGGAACAAGAUCAGGGAUGGUAUGAAUGUAGGGUGUACUUCUUGAACAGACCUCCGGAAUCUCCAAAGAAUGGUACUUGGGUAUACCUAGACGUUCAUGCUCCUCCUCAUUUUAAAGUGAAACCUCCAGAAGUUGUUUACGUUAAAGUUGGAGAAUCCGUUUCGUUGCCUUGUGAAGCUAAAGGAACGCCAUCGCCAGCGAUUGUGUGGUACAAAGAUAAUUUACCAAUAGAAGAAAGUAAUAAUAUGCAGAUAUUACCCACUGAGCUUCAGAUUACCAAUUUACAACAGACUGAUAUAGGAGAUUAUUUAUGUAUGGCAAGAAAUAGAGAAGGAAGUGUUUCUGCAAUAUCUAAAGUCAUUGUAGCAGGACCAGCUGUAAUAACUACACCACCGAGAAAUAUUACUAAAUUAGAAGGAGAAAAAGCUGAAUUUAUUUGUGAAGCCAAAGCUCUUCCUACAAAUGUUACUCAUAAAUGGUUUCAUAAUGGAGUAGAAAUCUCCCAGUUGUCGUGGUUAGAAACUCGUACCCUUGUUCGUCGCGACGGCACUCUGUUUGUAAAUCCUACAUCAGCUGAAGACACAGGAAAAUAUACUUGCGAAGUAUCAAAUGGAAUUGGUACUCCUGACACUGCUUCUGCUUAUUUAAGUGUAGAAUAUCCUGCCAGAGUAACAUAUUCUCCUACCAUCCAGUAUCUUCCAUUAGGACUUUCUGGUGUUAUUCGAUGUUAUGUUCAAGCUAAUCCACCAUUUCAGUUUAUUACUUGGACCAAGGACAGGAGACCAUUUGAUCCAAACUCAACACCUGGAGUUGUUACUCUGAAUAAUGGUUCCCUGCUCUUUCAGCGAGUAAGCCACGAACAUCAGGGAAGAUAUAGAUGUACACCAUACAAUAUUCAUGGAACAGCAGGAACCUCAAAUGUUAUGGAGGUGUUAGUCAGAGAACCUCCAAUGUAUACUAUAAAACCUAAAGAAAUGUAUCAGAAAAGUGUUAAUAAAGAAGUCAAAAUGCCAUGCGAAGGGAUUGGACAGCCUAAGCCUUCAAUAACGUGGAGAAAAGUAAGCAUAUAACCAGUAAUAAUAAGAGUUUGCAU